UUACAUGUAAUGUAUACUAGCUUAAAUUCUCCGUCAAAGCUGACUAAUUGGAAAUCUAGUGGAGGUGAUCCUUGUGGCGACUCCUGGAAAGGAAUCAAGUGCUCAGGCUCACAUGUGAAAGAAAUAAAGUUAUCUGGUCUUGGAUUGACUGGAUCAUUAGGCUACAAACUCUCAAGUUUGACAUCACUUACCUACUUUGAUUUGAGCAACAACAACCUCAAGGAUAGCAUACCAUAUCAGCUUCCACCUAAUGUCCUUCACAUAAAUCUUGCAGGGAAUAGCUUUACAGGAACGGUGCCUUACUCAAUUUCUCAAAUGUUGAACCUCAAAUAUCUAAAUCUCGGUCACAAUCAGCUUAGUGGCCAACUGAGCGAUAUGUUUGGACAUCUUACUAGACUACAAUUUCUGGAUCUCUCUUUCAAUAGUUUAUCUGGAAACUUGCCUCAAAGUUUUGAAACUCUUUCUAGCCUUUCUACAUUAUAUUUGCAGAAUAACAAAUUUACAGGUUCAAUUAAUGUUUUAACACAUCUUCCUAUUGAUGACCUUAAUGUUGCAAACAACCAAUUCACUGGUUGGAUCCCUUCUGAGUUGAAGAACAUAGAUAAUAUCAAAACUGGAGGAAAUCAAUGGUCAAGUGAACCCGCUCCACCUCCACCUUUAGGUACAUUUGGUGCUGCCCAGCAAAAAAAUCCCACUAAAAAAUCUUCUAAAGAAGAAAAAGGUUCAAAAAAAUCCGUUCUGAAUGGAGCACUUAUAGGGGGGAUAGUGAUUGGCCUGUUACUGGCACUUGUGAUUUUAAUUGUUUUAUUGAAACGAAAAUCUUCUUCUACUUCUUCUCAUUUUCUUGAUGAAGAGAAGAUGAAUCAGAAAAUAUCAUUGAACCCCUUGGUAUCAAAUGAACUAUCUAAUGACAGAUCAAGCGAGUUCUCCAAUAAUGCACUUAAGGACUUUAAAGAUCCAAAGUCAUUGGAUUCAUCUUUUUCAAUCAAUGCUAGGUCUUCGCAGCCAUAUGCUUCAAUUGGUCUCAAGCCUCCACCUGCUGAUCGAAUGAAAUCAUUUAAUGACACUGAGCUUGUAAAUAGAAUAAAUGUCAAAAGAAACUCAUCAAUUCAUGCUGUAAUUUAUACCUUGGCAGAUCUACAGUCUGCAACUGGUAACUUUGCAACUGCUCGCCUUUUGGGUGAGGGAUCAAUAGGACGUGUUUACAGAGCAAAAUAUCCAAAUGGGAAGGUUCUUGCCGUAAAAAAGAUAGACUCUUCACAUCUUCAAGGCAUAAGUCAAGAAGAUCUUAUGGAAAUAAUUUCAAAUAUCUCGAAAAUGGACCAUACAAAUAUUACUGAACUUGUUGGUUAUUGUUCAGAACAGGGUCAUAAUCUUCUUGUCUAUGAGUAUUUUAGGAAUGGAUCACUCCAUGAAUUUCUACAUCUGUCAGAUGAAUACAGUAAGCCACUUACAUGGAACACUCGGGUCAGAAUUGCUCUAGGAACAGCUCGAGCAAUAGAGUACCUCCAUGAGAAAUGCUCCCCUUCCUCUGUCCACAAGAACAUUAAGUCGGCCAAUAUCUUGCUUGAUAGCGAACUUAAUCCUCACCUCACAGAUUGUGGUUUAGCUACCUUCCACCAGCGUACGAGCCAAAACCUUGGAGUUGGAUAUAAUGCUCCAGAGUGCACAAAACCAUCAGCAUAUACACUAAAGAGUGAUGUCUAUAGUUUUGGGGUUGUUAUGUUGGAGCUAUUGACAGGACGGGUACCUUUUGACAGUUCAAAACCAAGAGUAGAACAAUCUCUAGUUCGAUGGGCAACACCAAAGCUUCAUGACAUUGAUACAUUGGACAAGAUGGUGGACCCAGCUCUCUGUGGGUUGUAUCCUCCCAAGUCAUUAUCUCGAUUUGCUGAUGUCAUAGCUCUUUGUGUCCAGUCGGAGCCCGAAUUUCGUCCACCGAUGUCAGAGGUGGUUCAGUCACUUAUGCGAAUUGAGCUCUCAAGUAUGAACAAAAGAGGAGAAGAUAUUGGUGCUUUUUCGUCAGAUGAAUGA